CGUGAUCUCAAAGUCAGACUGUCAGGCGACAAGAACUGGAGAGCUACCUAGCUAGCUAGCUCGCUCCGUACUCGAGUAACGCGUCCAACAGGAUGAUCGAAGAGGAACGGGGAAAGGCCCACAGACUGCGAAAGGCCGCCCAAGUUCCCUGGAAAUGGAGACGGAGGCCUAGAGCCCACCAGCUCACCAGUUCACCAGUUCACCAGCCCACGAACGAAGGUGCAACAAGGCAGGCCUAGCUCUAUACAGCAUGGUGAAAUGGCCCGCUGAUCAUUCAGACAUGAUGAUUCAUCCACACAUCCACUAGUACGGUCUUGGCGCGUGGUCACAACGUCGAAUCGAGACCGACCAUGAGUCAGUCAGUAUCCAGUAUCCAGUAUCCAAUGGUCAUACAUCAGUUGAGAAUUGCAAUCCACCCAAUCCAGACCCCGCUGACGAACGAGUCGGAUCCGUUAUUCCGCCCUCAAUACAACUCUUCCCCUUUCAAGGAAACGCCGCGGGAUCGAAUCAGGUCGGUCCACGUCCAUCCAUCGAUCCAUCCAUCGAUCCAUCCCUAAGAUGCCGUUCCUCAACCAAUUGGGCAAAUUGAACCAUGUCGAGUGCGGUUUGGUGUAUUUCUUGGACCAGCUCCAUCUCAGCCAUCAGGCCACCGUGCCCGUGCCCCUCAAAUCCGUGGCCUUGAAGGUCCGCCUGCUGGACUUUGUGGCCCAAGUCACCGUGGAACAAGAGUACCUCAACGUGGAGAACCGACCCAUCGAGGCCUUGUACUUGUUCCCCGUGGAAGAGGAGGCGGCCGUCAUCGACUUCGAGGCCAAAGUCGAUGGUCGUACCAUCACCACCCACGUCAAGGAGAAGGACCAGGCCCGGCAGGAUUACCAAGAGGCCAUCGCCAACCAACAGACCGCCUUUCUGCUGGAGGAGACCAAACCCGAUGUGUUCCAGAUCAAAGUGGGCCACCUGAAACCCGGAGCCCAGGCUUCCGUGGCCAUCAAGUACGUGGUAGAACUGCCCGUGGAAGACCUGAACAGCGUCCGGUUGAGUAUUCCCACCACGAUUGCACCACGUUAUGUGCCCUUGAAUGACUCAUCAGAGGCGGCUCAGAAGCUGGCCCGGAUUCCCUACACGUUUGACGCGCAAGCCCCGCUCACCAUCCAAGUGGAAUGCGCCUCCAAGAAGGCCAUUGAGUUCCUCAAGAGCCCCUCCCAUGGGAUCGUGUGCCAGGCCCAGGCACGAAAGAACGGCUUGAAUUUCACUCAAGCCUCACUGGCCGCCACCGUGGCCGAGAUGGACCGAGAUUUCAUCCUCCUAGCGGGCGUGGCUGACAUUCACGAUCCCACCGUUUACUUGGAAGAGUCCGACGGAGACGAUGGGGCUCAGGCCAAAGCGGGCAUGGUGUCUUUGGUGCCUUCAUUUGCUUUGAUGGAUCAGAAAGUGGAGCUCAUUUUUUUGGUCGAUCGAUCCGGUUCUAUGGGCGGGGGUUGGGGCAGCGUCGAAGCCGGCAUUAACCAAGCCAAAAAGGCGCUCGAGCUCUUCUUGCAUUCGCUCCCCGCAGAUUGCUACUUUAACAUUUGGAGCUUUGGCAGCAAGUUCGACGCGCUCUUUGCCCAAAGUGUGCUGUACGACGAUGACACUUUGGCCCAAGCCAAGGCCCAUGUCGCCACCAUGGAAGCUAAUUAUGGGGGCACGGAGAUUCUCCAACCCAUCAACCAAAUAUUGGCCUCUCCUCCGGCUCAUCCUGAUCACUUGCGGCAGAUUUUCGUGCUCACCGACGGUGCCGUAAGCAACGACAUCCAAGUGAUUGCGGCUGUGCGGGCCAACUCGACCAAGGCGCGAGUCUUUUCCCUGGGAUUAGGCGCCAGUGCCUCUCGGCAUUUGGUCAAAGGCAUUGCCCGCAGCGGGAAUGGUACGGCCGUGUUUGCCACGGCCCAGGAGGAUCUGCGACCCAAAGUCCAAAGCCAGCUGAAGAAUGCCCUCCAACCCGCUAUCACAAAUGUGGCAGUCGAAUGGGUGGGCCAGGAUGUGGCUCCAAGUGAUAGCGUUACCGUGCCUGAUCCCGUGGUGGAAACCAAAAACACCUUACUGGGCUUCAUGAAAUCCAAGCCCAGUCCGGGUCAAACCAUACCCAUUCAUGGACAGUGCCCCUUCAACAUCCCUCAUGUCUUUGAUGGAAACCGAUUGUUGGUCUACCGAUUGUUUGCCGAGGCGGAAAAGCCCACCAAGGUGGUGAUCACAGCCAAAACUCCGAGUGGACCACUCACGGCCCAGGUCAAGAUUGGCGAGGGAUCCCGGAUUGAGGGGGAGUUCGUCCAUCAGUUGGCAGCUCGAAAACGAAUCCAGGACUUGGAAGAGGACCAUUCCCAACGGUUUGAACCGACUCUCAAGAAGGAGGCGAUCAUCCGGUUGGCUAAAAAGUACCGCUUGGCCUCGUCGCACACGAGCUUCGUGGGGAUCGAUUCGGCGGAAAGUGGGCGAUACCUGUACGGCAUGGUGACCCGUGAGAUUAAGAAUCAAGUGCCGCAAGGAUUUGGCUCCUCUCCAGGGAACGCCAUGAUGCAACGCCGUGGUGGGCCCAUCAUGAUGUCGUGCAUGUCAGAGGCCAUGAGCAUAAGCGACCCUCCCAUGGCAAUGAGGAAGAUGAAAAAGUCAGCUUCUCGAGGUCGUGGAGGUGGAGGUGGAGGCGGUUUUUCUGCAAUGUCUAGUGACAAUCUCAUUCUCGACGCUCAAUGUGGCACCUUCGGGAGUACCAAAGCUAUGGAUGUUGGUGCUCAGGAGAUGGAUGAUUGUGAGGAAGAAUCUGAUUCUACUGAUUCCGUAGACGCCAUCACCACGACGAAGACGUCAUCCUCCAUAGAAGGAGUGAUUGGCUUACAGAAUGCCAAGGGUAUGUUUUCGUGGGGACCAGCCAUGGAGACUUUGACUCAAAAAUCACAAGACGAGGUGAUGAAAGCCAAACCCGUGGAGGUGGCCUCGAGCCAAGCUUGGAUUACGAUUGUAGCUGUAGCUUUGAUUCAAAAGCAAUUCGCCAAUGACAAAGAUCUGUGGGAGCUGGUUGUGGAGAAAUCCCUGAAAAUUUUGAAAAAGCAAUGCCCGGAGGUCGACAUUCAGGCCGCCAUUCAAAAAGCCAAUGCAUUAUUGUGAUGAAAUCAACUGUGAUGUUCAAAUGACUGCUUUAAAUUCAGUAUUGUGACGCGUGCCAUUGGAAACAACCUAUUUCUCUGUUCUGGACAAUCCCACUUGAAACUGUAUCGUCGAUACAAAAUAUGAAGAAAAAAAAAUUCGGUUAACUGUCUUUGUUGUUAAAUUUCCUCCCAAAUUUGAAUUUUUCUGUCGGAAAUAAAAGCUUUUAAUACAUAAA